CAUGGGCAUCCAGGGCUGUGCUCUUGUGCCAGAAGCUGUAAUGCCAAGGCACAGGAAGCAGAAGGGGCAGCCAAGCCAUCUCCCCUCUGACACAUCGACUCAUGGACCACACGCCUGCUCCUGACUGGGUGAGUGCAGCACAGAUUGGGGGAUGGAUAACAGAGAGAGGGGGAAUGUAAUUACCCUGUGAAGAAUAAAUCACUUUAACGGUUCAGUUACUGAGAUCACAGCGAGGCAGUGGCACAGCCUCUUAAUUAAUCUUCUGCUUUGCAGCCGGCUCCUGCUCGCAUGCCAUCUCCACCUCGUGCUGCCUAGCAAGGAGAUGCUAUCGAUGGGGACAACACUGGCCAGUGGUUUCUGGCUGGGCAGGUCCAGUGGGAGUAGCAGAGCAUGACCAGGUGAGGGAUCAGGGUGCUGUGGCUCCUGGGUUUGUGCGGGGUAACACCUGUGGUAGGUCUGGUAAUGUGGUGUCCUGUGGUACUCCAGGCCUGUGUCAGCAGCAGCAGCCAGUAACUCUGAGCUUAUUAUUGGGAGGAAUUGCUGGGCAUGAAGCAGGGGUCUGGGGAUGCUGGAGGCCUGUGUCUGCUGCAGAGGAAUGGCUGGUGUGUUCGAUCAUGAAGGGAAAACCCCCCUUCACCUCCACAGGCCCAAACCUCCCUGACUCGUCACCCUCAGCACUGACCCUCUUCAGCCCUUUAACUCCCAACCUCUUCUCUGUGGAUUGCAACCCCAUUUCCCAUUUUUUCAUAAACUGCUCUCUGGGCUCCCUCAUCCCUCAUCAUCCUCAGAAUAACCCCUUUCACAGGACGCUCCCCUUAUCCCUCAAAAUUUCCCCUCAGGGAUUGCUCCCCUUUGUCCUCCUUGGGGAAUCGCCAUUACCUCCUGAACUGGUUCUCAGGGAUUGCUUCUGUCACUCCACCACACUGUUCCUCAGGGAACCUUAUCCCUCAAAACUGCCUGUCAGGGAUUGCUUCCCUCACCCCCUGUCCCCCCCAUUGCUCCUUGGGGAAUCACUCUCUUUUCCUUGCUCCCCAGAGAUGGCCACUUUCACCCCAGGGAUGUGCUCUCAUUCUCCUCAGGGAUCACCCCCUCAUUCCCAAAACCAUUCCUCAGGGACUGACCCUCUCCUCCUCAAGGGUGUCCCCUUUGUCCCCCACACUGUCCCUCAGGGAUGGUCCCCAUCCUUUUCAGGGAUCAUUCCCUUACUCUCCCUAAGGGAUCGUCCCCUCAUCCCCCAAACUGUCCCCACGGAUCGCCCACCAAAAUUGCCUCUCUCAGUCCUCCACAUUGGUUCCUCAGGGUCUCAUCCCCUCUUGCCCCAGAAGUGCCCUUCAGGGAUUGCUCCCUAUGUUUCUCGUCAGGGAAAUGCCCUCUUACCCUCAGAAGAGCCCCUCAGGGAUCGCCCCCUCAUCUCCAAAUGUGCUCCUCAGGGAUGGACCCUCAUCCUCCUCAAGGAUCGCCCCCUCAGGAAUCACCCGUUAGGGAUCACUCCCUCAUUCCCCCUCGCAUUCCCCCUCAAUCCUCCCUCUCCGUGCCGGCCCCGCCCGCCGCCCCACGCCCUCUCCCCGCCCCGCCACCGCCUCCGCCGCUCCCCCCGUGCCCGGCCGGCGGCGGCGCCCGCCCCAUGCGCCGCUGCUGCCCGGCGCUCUGCAUCCGCACCGCCUUCGACGCCACCGCCAUCGACGCCACCGCCGACAUCUCCGCCGCCCUCGGCCCCGUCCCCGGCCCGCCCGCCGCCGUGUCCCGCCCGCCGCUGCUGGUGCUGGUGCUGCUGCAGCGCCGCCCCACGCCGCCCGCCCCCGCGGCCCCGCCGCACAAGAUGGCGGCCGGAGGGAGCGGCGGCCCCGGCGGCCUCUCCUCCUCCUGCCCGCAGCCGCCGCCGCCCCCGCCGGGCAACGGGGCCGCGGCCGCCGCCUGCACCAACGGCGCGCCCGCCUCGCCGCCCGGCCUCACCUACAACCAGAGCGGCGCCGCCAACCCGCCGGCGGCCAGCGGAGGCGCGGGGGGCCCGGCGGCGGCGGGAGCGGCGGGGGCGGCCGGCGGGGCGGGCGGUCCCGGCGGGGCGCUGCAGCGGGAGCCGGUGUACAACUGGCAGGCGACGAAGCCGACGGUGCAGGAGCGGUUCGCGUUCCUCUUCAACAACGAGGUGCUCAGCGACGUGCACUUCCUGGUGGGGAAGGGCCGCGGCUCCCAGCGCAUCCCGGCGCACAGGUUCGUGCUGGCCGUGGGCAGCGCUGUCUUCGAUGCAAUGUUUAAUGGUGGGAUGGCCACAACCUCUACAGAGAUUGAGCUGCCUGACGUGGAGCCUGCUGCCUUCCUAGCUCUGCUCAAAUUUCUUUACUCAGAUGAAGUUCAGAUUGGACCAGAGACUGUUAUGACAACACUUUACACAGCUAAGAAAUACGCAGUUCCAGCCCUUGAAGCUCAUUGUGUGGAGUUUCUUAAAAAAAACCUCCGAGCAGACAAUGCAUUCAUGCUGUUAACUCAGGCCCGGCUGUUUGAUGAGCCCCAGCUGGCCAGCCUGUGCCUGGAGAACAUAGACAAGAACACCUCAGAUGCUAUCAAUGCAGAGGGGUUUACAGACAUUGACCUGGAUACCCUGGUGGCAGUGCUGGAGAGGGACACCCUGGGGAUCCGGGAGGUUCGCCUGUUCAAUGCCGUGGUGCGCUGGUCGGAGGCAGAGUGUCAGCGGCAGCAGCUCCAGGUGAUUCCAGAGAACAAGCGGAAGGUUCUGGGCAAAGCUCUCUCCCUUAUCCGCUUCCCACUGAUGACUAUUGAGGAGUUUGCAGCAGGGCCUGCCCAGUCGGGGAUCCUGACGGACCGGGAGGUGGUGAGCCUGUUCCUGCACUUCACGGUGAACCCGAAGCCGCGGGUGGAGUUUAUCGACCGGCCCCGGUGCUGCCUGCGGGGCAAGGAGUGCAGCAUCAGCCGCUUCCAGCAGGUGGAGAGCCGCUGGGGGUACAGUGGGACGAGUGACAGGAUCAGGUUCUCAGUAAACAAAAGGAUAUUUGUAGUUGGGUUUGGAUUAUACGGAUCCAUACACGGGCCAACGGAUUAUCAAGUAAAUAUACAGAUCAUCCACACGGACAGCAACACGGUCCUGGGGCAGAACGACACCGGCUUCAGCUGUGAUGGAUCAUCCAACACCUUCAGGGUCAUGUUCAAGGAGCCUGUGGAGAUCUUACCCAACGUCAACUACACAGCCUGUGCUACUCUAAAGGGUCCAGAUUCCCACUAUGGAACCAAAGGACUGCGCAAAGUGAUCCAUGAAUCACCAACAACGGGAGCCAAAACCUGCUUUACGUUCUGUUACGCAGCUGGGAACAACAAUGGCACCUCCGUGGAGGAUGGACAAAUCCCAGAGAUCAUCUUCUACACAUAGUGGCACAGCCCAGCCUGCCCUGGACUUGACUCUUCCCCAUCACCUCCCAAACUAAAUCUCUGGCUGAGUUCGACCACACCAAUUGGAGCCACACUAGCCAAAGGUCUCAGUGAAAUCAUUUCAAAGCUCAUGUUCUGCCUUGUGCUAGUGCUGCUGCUGCUCUCAGGUGCCAGGUGAGCUGGUGUCCCAGUGCAGGCCAGCUGGUGUCCCAGUACCAUUCGUAGGUUGUCUGUGGCUUGUUGUUUUUCACCUCCUGAUUAACCCUAUCUAACAGCGUGCGUUUUUUGGACUGUAAUGAAUGUAGAUGCUUUUCCACCGGUCAGAAGCAAGGCAACGAGUGGCUCUGGUUGUGGUUUCCCUUGCUAUGAGGAGAUGAUCCUGCAGACAGAUUCAGUCAGGGCUGGGUGGCCUCUGCUCUGCUUCAGCUCAGCAGUUCAGGCCAGACUGCAGGGCUUGGCCAGCCUGUGUCCAGCACCUUCCCUCCCUCCCAGCAGCCUCAGCACACAGAGCCACCUUCAAAAGUCAUGGAACGUGGCCUUUUCCCUGAGGCUUUGCUGUUCCAGCACUACUCAAACCUGAGCUCCUCUGAGGGACCAUGGCAUUUUCCUGCUCUUCUCACCGACCUGUGACAAUCUCCACCUCGUGCAGUUGGUGGCAGCGAGGUGACCUCCCUGCAGAGUGGUAAGGGGCAGCAGCCUGGCCAGGCAGGCCCUCCUGCAUUCUGAGUCCCAGCGGUGCUGCUUCCAAACUCCUGGCAUGUCCCAGGAGCUGGGUGAUGCGCAGCUCACCCCUGAGCAGCCCCAGCUCUGUUACUGGUUGUUGUCCUUUGCAGAGUGCCAGCGUUUGUCAGUUGAAGCAGAAGGGCACCUGCCUCACCUGUUACAGGCAUUCCUGCAGUUUCCAUGCAUGUUUCCAUGCAUUCCCCUCUGUGUGCAUUGCUGCCCCGCCCCUGCUGCCCCGAUGGAAGCAGGAAGAGAGGCUGGAUGUGCACCUGCCUGUUCCCUAUAAUGCAGCAGAUGGACAAGGAUUUACCAAAUGGUUCAGGAAAACAUGGAAUAUUCUUGCUGGUGUGUGUUUGCACACUGCCUGUUGGCCAGGCACAAGAGGGACAUCACAAACAUCACCUGUUGAGCUGUGGAGCUCGGUGACCUUGAAGAUACCCCUUGUACCUGUUCAGGGCCAGCUGCUUUUCCCUGUGGUUGUAACAGAGAGGGUGGCUGCUCGUGGGCUGCCUGACCAGCCCCACCCUCACUGCCCACGAGUGAAGACCAUGGGACUCUUCCUCCCCUCCUCUGCAGAGGAAGCUGGAAUUAUGCUCAGCCUGGCAGAAAGACCGGAGCUGCCAAAGUCUGUGUGGGUGGGUGCUGCCUCAGGAUCCUUUCUCUGACCUCCUCCUCCAGCACAUGGAGCCACUGCCACUAUCUGGGCAACUGCUGCCACUGGAUUUCACUGCUGGAAGUUGAAAUCUGGCUGUCCUUGGCUGGAGCACAGCUUUUCCUUCUGCUGCCCCAGCCGGGAUCCUGGGACUGUGCUGGCUGGAGUCUUCUCAGCUGUGCAGCAGCAGCCGGGGAAUACCCUGCACCUCCUCACCAGUAGCUGUCAGAGAUGCCCAGAGUGUGUUCUGUGCUCCAGGGAGAUGGUGUGAGCUCUGUAUUGUCAGCCUGCAUCCAGGUGGGACGGUUCGAAUACGGCCAGUACUAAAAAAAUAGAAAAAUCCCCAAUCCUGGGUCCAUGACCUGGUGACUGAACCUGACUGUGCAAUGCAAGCAGUGUUGUGAGAUGGAUUUGCAGCCCAUGCUCUGUGUCCCUUGGAGUGUCCAUGACUAUGCCUGCUCCUGUCACCACCCCUCUCCCAAAGGUGGUGGGAAGGUCACUGCUGGCAGCCAGGGCCCAUGCUGGGGCCUGCACCUUCCCCAGGGGCUCUGAUGUGGGUUCUGCAGCUCGGGGCACUGAGUACAGGUGGAAAUAGUGGAAUAGUUGGAAUUUGAGGGAAGCAGAGCUGUGCACUUGGCUCUGGGAAGAGCAGGGCUUGGGCUGGCCCUGCCCAGCUGCAGUAGGAGUCUCCCACUGGCUAUUCCCUGGAAUUUCUGUUCUCAUUAUUAUUAUUUUGUUACACAAAUUCUCUUCCCAAAUCCGACCUUUCUGCCUUGCCUGUGUGGGGCAGGUCUGGCAGCUUGUCCUGUCAUGAAGGGAGAGGAGUCAAACUCUGAACUACACCUGAGCAACUUCUGUUCUUUAUGGCUUUUCUGCAAUUUGAUGCAAUUCUGGCUUUUGUAGAUAGAUGAAUGUAAUUCCUUGUUGGACAUGCCUGUUCCCAGAAGUAUGAGCCAUUCUGUUGUACCACGUCACCUUCCAGCAGAGCGGGCUCAGCCCAGCUCCUGUGCUAUUUGAUGAAUGUAUCCGAUGCUCUCGUCCCGUGUUCACACUCUGCUUUUUGGCCAGCUUUGUGAUUUGUAAAUAGGAAAACAAUAAAGACAUGGAGGUUGUCUUUA